AUGUACAUUCAUGGAUUCGAUGUGCAUUGUAUGCACGCAUAUCUGUACGUCGUAGAUAAGGCUACGGGUCCGUGUGCGGUCCGCCCCGUGCAGAUCACGCCACGUGAAGAUGGGUGGGCGACGGCCCGACGGGCGUGGCUGAGGCUUGGAGUUGGCGGGUCCGACUUUCGGGAGUCCGUGCGCUCCGCUCCGGCUGCCGCAAACUUCCCUCCUACAACCAUUCCAUCGGAUAGACUGUCCCACACAGUCCACAUUAUGCACUAUGAUCGUGGUGAAAUGGGCUACGGAUUACUCAGCAUUUGUGAUAUAAAAGGCUUCAUCGCAUGGAUAGGACAGGGCCUGAGACACACUUCUCCUCCUCCCGACCACCCUGUGUUCUCCCCUCCUGUAGUCCCAUUAGGUACUCCCAGUGGCGUACUCGGUUCGCAGACAGGUUCGCGUUUCUCGCUCUUGAUUAGUCGCCAACUUAGCCCUAAGCCUCGACUCGGCGCCGACGACCAUUGUGUACCAGUAUCCGACAAGAGCGAUGCCGAUAUUUUCCAGGACGGGCUCGACCCCAUCAGGCCUGAGGUCUUCGGCAGUCAGCCCUUUGAUCAACGGGAUGACAAUAUUAUCGAGGGCGGGAUCGACUCCAUCUGGCCUGAAGUUGGAUGGCCUGUCCUUCACGGGGAGCUUCCUGAUGAUGAGCUCUUCCCGGCAAGCAAAGAAGAGGAUGCUGAGCAGGAUUACAUCAUCAUGGAUACGAUUCAGGACCGGAAUAUUAGCGACGAGGAGGAAAGUGCCAAGGACAAAGCAAACGACACAGCUGACGACAGUAACUCCACCCUCCCUUGGCCGACUCCUGACGCCGAGGGACUGGCUGAAGUCUCUUAA